UGUGUUUCGGAGCUAUCACCCUCUUCCUGGUGUGUGAGCGUGUUGUUGACACAUUACGCGGAAACUUCGGGUGCAGCCAGCCGUUUCUCCAAUGACACGGGCUCCAGGUGGAGACGACAGCCGCUCGUCAGGAAGCCGCCAGGGCGCGCGUCACGCGACGAGGACGGGGACGAUGCCGCGCGCGAGUUAACGGCGCGGUGAGGGCUGACUGACUGACAGGCGUCGCUUUCGUUUGGUUCUGAGUGACUUUUAUUAAAAGCGGGGGGAAAAUGAGGAUUCGGCUGAUGAAGAGGAACGCGCUCGCGCUGCUGGCCGUCUUCUGCGUGGCUUUGACUCUCAUGAUUUCCACGCGCGUCCUGAUAAUGGUCAAUCGCGACGCCAACUCUCACGCGGCCCUGGUGAGCGUGGACACGCUGUACGAGGACUCCGUGAAGUUCCAGUACGGCUCGCUGACGGCUCUCACCAGGUCCGUGUACAGCGCCAACUACAAGCAGUUCAUACGGAACGCUGUGGAGUUCCCAGGAGACCCCGCGCUCGUGCUGGUGGUGCAGGUCCACAACAGACCACAGUACCUCAGACUGCUCAUCCAGUCCCUGGAGAAGGUCCAGGACAUCCAGAACGCCCUCCUCAUCUUCAGCCACGACUACUUUUCCAAGGAAAUAGACACAAUCGUGCAGGGGAUAAACUUCUGCAAAGUGCUGCAGAUCUAUUUCCCCUUCAGCACUCAGCUGUAUCCCAGCGAGUUUCCUGGACAGGACCCGCGGGACUGUCCACGGGACAUAUCCAAGGACGAGGCGGAGAAAACAGGAUGCCUGAACUCGGCGCAUCCCGAUUCCUACGGACACUACCGGGAGGCCUUUAUCACGCAGACCAAACACCACUGGCUGUGGAAGCUGCACUUCGUGUGGGAGCGGGUUCACGCCCUGAUGGGCUACACCGGCCAUGUCAUUCUUCUGGAGGAGGACAACUACGUCUUACCGGACCUAAUCCAUUUUUAUAACCUCAUGGUCCAAUUCAGGGACAACAAAUGUCCGGACUGUGACAUUCUGUCUCUGGGAAACCAUUACAAGCUGAAUGGCUUCGCCGCUCUCUCCAAUAAGGUGAUGAGCGCCGGGUGGAUGUCCACCAAGCACAACAUGGGCAUGGCCAUCUCCAAGGAGCUGUACUACAAGCUGAUGGGCUGCAACGUGGAGUACUGCACCUUCGACGACUACAACUGGGACUGGACUCUGCAGUUCCUGUCGGGAACCUGCAUCACGCAGCCCCUCAAAGUGCUGGCGGCUCAGGGCUCCAGGGUCCUGCACACGGGGGACUGCGGCAUGCACGUGAAGCAGGACUGCAAACCGGAGGAGGCGGCGCAGAGGGCCGUGGAGGAGCAUCAGAAAGCCAAGGAGGGCUUCUUCCCCCAGACUCUCGUCCUCACCAGCGAGGAAACGCCGAUGCACAAGCCACACAUAAAGAACGGAGGGUGGGGGGACAUUCGAGAUCACUUUCUAUGCAAGAACUACGCCAAACGUCUUUGAACUGUCGACGCGUUUUUUUUUUUUUUGCCAGAUGUGCCAUCGUAACAGCUGUUCAGGGUUUUUCAGGCUGGAAUGAUCCACGAUCAACGAGGUCUUCCGAGGCACGGGACCACAUCCCACACUUUUAAAGUGUGAUCUUUUCUUCUGUGACUAAACCAAAGCAGCACAGAUGCCAAAGCCUCUUUUUUGUUUUCUGUAUUUACAGACGUGUGUGACAGAUGUAAAUGACGACUUGCAGCCAAAUUUUAUGUCACCAGAUGUGUUUAUCUCUGAGUGUCUUCCAAAUCUAAACAGCCAUUUACAUUUACUGCAUAGUUCUGUAAAGUGAGAGUAAACUGUAAACCAGAGAGCGCUCAUGGACACUCAGUGGUUACAAACGUCUCAUCAAGAUCUUAAUCUUAUGGCCGGAGUAAUUUUUUUUCCCCAUAAUUUUCUCUAAAACUUAACCAAACAUGGAAUAUUUGAUAUAAAUAAGAGGGCAUUAAUCAGGCCCUUGAGCUUCUUCUAAGAGGGUAAAACAAAACGAACUGUUCAGCUAAAAUGUUUUUACAUUGGUGAUGACCGUCAUCAGUAAUUUUGGUCCAAAAAUGAAUGAUGUCAGUAGUUUUGGAAGGCGUUAUUUCUUGAACCUAUGCACUUGUUCCUUCACAGCUUCUUAAUCUCGUUUGUGCAGUUUUUCUAUGAUCCAGUGUAUCACUUCUAAGAAGCGUGAUUUUUAUGUGGUACGUCCUUAAACGCAGCAGCACAAAGGCACAUGUAACCUACACACAAGGACGAUGACUUCAGAAGUCUGAGACAUUCUUCCAUCAGCCCAUUCCUUGGAAGUUGAUGUUUUCUUUUCUUGUUGAAUGUAAGCUUCAGUCGCCGCCCGGUUCACUGAAUCCGUCUCGCCGCCGCUCAUCCCAUUGAUCCCCGGUCAGCGCGGCAGGAGCCGGCCUGUUGUUGGUUUUGCAUAUUUGCUUUCAGAUAGGCCACUAGUAACCCUUUGGAACUGAGAUUCAGCAAACAUGGGGUUUAUCCUGUAUUGUGGCGUUCCUGGAUUUGCACCUUAUUCAGCAUUCGCGUUCGCUGGUAUGCAAUGUGAAACAAUGGGAUAACGCAAGUCGCUGCGCUUCGGAUGCCUUCGAGAUGAUCUGAGAAUGGGCGUGACCGUGCCACUGUUAUGCUGGGAAUUUAAACUUGUCGUGUUGGAUGAUUUUAUGUGAACAGACAUAUUCAUUUAGAUGCUGUUGCCAAUUGAAAUGUGAAUGAUGUAUUUGAAUGCUGGCUUUUUUUUUUCCACGUAUUACAGGUAUCAUCAACUUGACCUCAUGAUGGUUCACCCUCAUGUGCCUUACCAAGAGCUCUUACAUGAAUGUAAUAAAGAAUAGGAGACAUAUUUUUUUAAAGAGGAAAAGCACAAUCAUCCGAAGAGCAUGACAAAUAUGACCUAAUACACAAAGCAGUACUUUGCAUUAAGGUCCUUGAAGAAGUUUUCUCGAGACCAGUUGUUCUUUUCUGUCCUUAUGUUUGCUCGUCUUGUGUCUUUGAGAUCACUUGAAUAAGUUGUUCAUUGUUCACUCUUAAUGUUUGCCAAAUGGGAAAAUAAAAAAGGUAAAUU